CAACUCUUUCUCUUUCACUUUCUCUUUCUCAUCUCAGAGAAAAACUCUCUGCAACAAAAACCUUAAAUCAGUUUUAAAAAAUUUUGAUCUCAGAAAAUCAAAAUAGGACCAAAGAAACUAUCUCAGAAGAACUCAUAUCCUAUCAUCUCAGUAACUCUCCUCAAAUCCAACUAACCAGAGAAAACCUAUCAAAUCCUCAGAUCUAUCUGCAACCCUCAUCAGAAAAUCGGUUUAUAGUGGUCAUAUAGCAUCGAUGAAAACAAAUCUCGCAGCAAUGGGAAACAAAAAGACUAAGCAAACACUAAAGAAUACGCAGGUCAAGAAGUUUCCAAUCAAGAUGAAGAAGCAAAUGAAGAGUCAGUCCCAACCUGAUAAUGCAACUCUACCUGAAACUGCUUCACUUACUUCAAAGUGUCAAACACCGAGAAAAAGCAAGUCCGCUGAAACAACUAAACCUACAUCUCAGAGUCGAUCAUCACCAAGUUUCAAAGAACCCGAAGAACCAACUGAUCCUAGAAGCACUACACAAACUCCAAAGCCUCGACAAUCUGAAACUACCAUAUCAUCUCCAGCUGAUACAAAUACUUCUCAGAGGCGAUCAUCUCCAAGGUUCAAAGAGUUUGAACAACCAAGUGCUUCUAAACUACCACCAUCUUGAAAGAAAGUAGAUUCUAAGAACAACAAAGUGUCGACAGCUACAAAUUCUAAAGAAGUUGCUGGAAGUUCCAACGAUGGGCGCAACACUGUGAAGCGGAAGUUGGACAUAACCACUGGUCCUUGUCCAAAUGUUCAACUCAGGAAUCCAGAUGAUACUUUGUCAGAUUUGAAGAGGAAUAAGAUGAUGAAAUUUUACAGCACAACAAAGACAUGGCAAAGGAAUAGCAUGCAAAUGAAGAAAAAGAUAAUGGUGAUGAUACUGAGACUGAAGUGGAAAACGAACUGGAGAAUGAUGAUGAUGGUACUACUGAUAAGCCAGAAGGUGAAGAAGAUGAGGUUGUAGAACCUCCGAAGAAGAGAAAGUUUGUUCCUCGUGGACCAACACAGAUGCAUGCAUUGAGGUUAAACCCAACUACAAAAAGUGUUGUUCCCUUCAAUGUUAAAGAACAAUCGGUUGGUGAACCUUCCGUGCAGCUGGCCAGUUGUCUUGGGGUGUUAGUCCGGCGAAACAUUCCUUUAACGCACAAGGAUUGGAGACUUGUUCCUCAACAGGCCAAGGUCAACAUAUGGAAGAUAUUUGAGCAACGGUUCAUUGUGCCUGAAUAUUACCAAGAAUACUAUUUUGGCAAAAUGGGAAAGUAUCUCAAAGAAGCUCGAUCCAGGAAAGCAACUUUGGUACUUGACGCGUAUGAUAAGCUCCAAGGGGAAGAAAGAGAGAAAAAGCUUGCACAGUUAAUGCCCACGAGCAUGACUGUCAGUGAGUGGGAAAAGUUUGUGAAACGUGUAAACUCGACUGAAUUCAGAGUCAAUAGAAUCAAAAUCCAAGAAGUUCGUUCGAAGUAUACCACCCCUCACACGCGUAUUCGAGAAGGUUAUGCCCGAAGGGAGGUGCAGAUACAACAAGUUCUGAAAACAACUGAACCGAUUGAUAGAGCUGAUUUAUGGGUAAAUGGCCACCAACACACUGACGGAAGGGACCCAAAACCUGUUGUUCAAGAGGCUUUUAAAAAAAUUGAAGAAGCUAAAUCAAAUCAUGGUUCUGAUGGUGGUGAAUCGUCCGUGACAAACGAUCUUCUUACAAAGGCUCUUGGUGAAGAUAAAGGGGUAAGACUUAAAGGCAUGGGGUAUGGAGUGACACGUAAAAAGAUUGCAUCCAAUUCCCACUACAAGUUGAUCAUUAAAGAGUGUCAGGAAACCUGUAGAGCAAUGAAUGAUCGGCUUGUGAUGUUGGAGGAAAGGAGCUCGAAAUGUGUCUGCGAUGAAGUCUCACACUCUCACAGGGCCAGUCCAGUUGCAAGAAACAACCAGGCUAGCACUAGAAGAGUUGUUCCAUGUACUACAAAUGCCUCAACUACUCACACUACCACUCCUGUCAGCAGACCAAAUGAGGUGAAAGUGCCAGAGAAAUUUACAGCUUGCAAGUUACUAAGUUGGUACAAGGAUGGCGAGGUGGUGGCUGAUGCGGAGAUAUGUGAAACUGAUCCAGCGAAGGAGAUACAUGGGAUGCCAAUAGGUUUCGGAGCCUAUACUGUGUGUGUGUUGACUACUCAUGUGAUGAAUGCUCAUGUCUACAAGCAGACCUCAGAGUUCAAGUAUGUUGCUGAUGCUGUUGCAAGUGUUAUCUCAUGGCCCAAGGAUCGCAUAGUCUAUUGAUAGACAUCUUUCAUAAUCUUUUUGGAGUGUUACAAACAUCUUUUGGUUACAAACAUCUAUAUCUGCCAUUUUUUUUAAUGUCUGUGUUUAACUUGAAGAAUGUAAAUGUGUUAAACUGGCAUGUGAACCUAAAAACAGUUCAGGUGAAUGUGUUACACUAUUCAGAUGAAUGUGAAUUACUUUCGGCA